GCAUCUAGACCCCCUUGAUGCGAACCGUAUGGAAAUCGAGAGCCGAAUAACACCGCGUCGAACACCCUCAGCGUCGCCCCUCGAUAGCAACUAUCGUGCAGGAGGUGCCACAAGUCACGGUGUUUCAAACCACUCGCCCCAUUUCGGCGCGCGCCAUCCUACGAUGCCCUCAACCUUUACGCCAGCUUUCGACUCGAGCUUCCUGGAACUCCAGACCUUAGAUUCCGGUAAUAAUCAUGGCGGCUUGGGACUCAGUACCGGUUCGUACGGGCUAAGUAGCGGCGUGCCUUCGCAACAGCGAACAACCGGCUCGAGCGCGGCAUCUCUCUAUUCCUCAGCCACGGGGAUGAACAAUAGUUAUUUGCCCUCUUCGAAUGUCGGCCGAACUACACAGAAUAGGUGGCCCUCAUGAGUUAUUAUCUCAUUUGACCCCCGCCCUUGAACAGCAUCCAGACCCCCUUGAUGCGAACCGUAUGGAAAUCGAGAGCCGAAUAACAACCCUUAAACAGCAUCUAGACCCCCUUGAUGCGAACCGUAUACCACCGGCAGAGAGGUCUCGGAUCCUAACGACUGCCGAGCUCUAUCGUAUUGCGGCCUUGCUCUGCUUGCAAAGAACAGCCGAAUGCACACACAACUAAGAGCUCAGGUCAGCAUACCUAGAGUACGCGUUUGCUGCAUUAAAGCGCCUCGAUGUUUGCAUAAUCAAGAGCUUGAUCGUAU